CUUUACUGUGUGUGCGUGAAACAGUAAUCCUUCAUAAUGAUGAGAACAGUGUAAAAUCGAUAGGAUCAUAGUCUGUGUAUCUAGACAUGUUCCUUAAACUGGAUUCCCAAACCAUAAAUCACAGGAUGGACUGAUAGGUCUUUAUUUAAAAGAGGUAUAUAAAGGAAAACUAGAGGCGACAUUUCCCUUUAAAGUUAUACAGGCUUGAAACACUGGAGGAAUGAAAGCCCAAAGUCAAAAGUGAGAGUAGAAAUCAAAUUCUUUGAGUUGUCCUUUGUAUUGCACCAUGACCGUGUCCUACACCCUCAAGGUGGCUAAUGCUCGAUUUGGAGGCUUUUCCAAGUUGCUCUUCAGAUGGAGAGGAAGCAUUUACAAGCUUUUAUACAGAGAAUUCCUGGUCUUCUGCGUACUGUAUGGCUUCUUCAGUGUUCUGUACAGGUGCGUCCUCAACGAAAAACAACAGGAACAGUUUGAGCGACUGGCACGAUACUGCAACAAGUUUGCUAAACUCAUUCCUAUGUCCUUUGUUCUCGGGUUCUACGUCACGCAGGCAUUUCAGCGCUGGUGGGGUCAAUAUACAAGCUUUCCACUGCCAGAUAAUCUCAUGAUGGUUGUAUCUGGAAAUGUUCAUGGCACGGAUGAAGGAGGGCGUCUCCUGAGACGCACUUUGAUGAGGUACGCCAAUCUCUCAUCUGUUCUUAUCCUGCGGUCCAUCAGUACAAGAGUACGCAAGAGAUUUCCAACUCUGGAAGACAUCGUGGAAGCAGGAUUCAUGACCAUAGAGGAGCUCAAGAAACUGAACCAUGUAUAUUCUGACUUCAACAAAUACUGGAUGCCACUUACAUGGUUUGCAAACCUGGCGUCAAAGGCAAGACGCGAGGGCCGUGUCAAAGAUGAUAUAGCCUUGAGACUGCUUAUGGACGAGCUGAAUAACUACAGGUCCAAAUGCAGCAUGCUUUUCCACUAUGACUGGAUCAGCAUUCCUCUGGUGUACACACAGGUCGUAACAUUGGCUGUGUAUUCCUUCUUUACCUCAAGUCUAAUUGGACGACAGUUUAUUAAAUCUGAGAAUCCUGAUGAUGUUCAUCUGGACCUGUAUGUGCCAGUUUUCACGCUACUGGAAUUCUUCUUUUAUGCUGGCUGGUUAAAGGUAGGGGAACUCAUCAUCAACCCAUUUGGUGAAGACGAUGAUGAUUUUGAAACCAUCCAACUCAUUGAUCGGAACAUUCAGGUCUCUAUGUUAGCAGUAGAUGACAUGUAUCAAAAUCUUCCACCCCUUGAAAAGGAUAAAUACUGGGUGGAUAAGGGUCCUUCUUAUCCUUCCAUCACAACAAAGCCGGUCUUUAUGGGAUCUACACAUGACAUGAGGAUUCUAGAGGAUGAAAAUGAAGAAUCUGUACCAGUCUCCAAAACAGCAGCAAUGCUUGCCGUCAACGUGUGGCCAACUUCAUACCAUGUUAAUAAACAACGGAGCAGAAGCCUACAAAAGCUGUGUCUUUGCUGCAAAGCAAAAUGCAAGGACAAGUCUUCUGUGAGAGCACUUGAAAUUCCUUUAAAGAGUAGCAUGCUGUCACCACCUCAAAUACAAGACGUGUCAAUGCAACAUGGUUAUCAUGAUGAACCCUUCCCUGAAGAUAUAGAAACAGCAAGCCAAGAUCCCUAAAUUGUGUACCGCAAUUUAACCUUUAUAAUCCUUACUUUAAUCAU